GAGAGAGAAGAUGGGUCACUCGAACAUCUGGAACGCGCAUCCCAAGAACUACGACCCCGGAUCACGUACCUGCCGGGUCUGCGGAAACCCUCAUGGGUUGAUCAGGAAGUAUGCUCUCAUGUGUUGCAGGCAAUGCUUCCGCAGCAACGCUAAGGAGAUUGGCUUCGUCAAGUACCGCUAAAUGGGUGUGAAACCACUCGUAUGGAGCUGCUGCUUUGGAGAACAUUUUCACUUCUAGAAGGAUGUAUUCGGUCUUUAGAACUGCCCUUUUGUCCCUCGGAUCUUUUGUCGAAUGUUGUGGAUAUUGCGAUGUGUUGGCAUAGCCACG